AUGACAGACACAAGCCUACAAGCCUUCUUUCUUCAGCUCCUGCCAGAAGCAGCGAGAAGCUCGCAACCUCUUCACGUCGAGAUCGUCGAUGAUUGUGCUCGAUUGCAUCCAUCUUCGUUUGUUGCAAAGAUGCGAAACGACAAGAAUCGAGUUGAAUCAUGCGGAACAUCAUCGGCACAACACGACCGAUGGGGUAGCAAGCAUGAUCGGUGGGGUAGUACUCCUGCACCUCUUAAUGCCCCCAACGGGGCAACAACGAGGAGGCAGGGGCGCUUGAGCGCGACGGAUACCGGUACCCUCAGAAUGAAACAGACACUACGAAUGCCCCAACGACUUCCAUCUGAAGACAAAAAGCAUCGUCGUAGUGACGGCGGUGACAACCAAAGAAGCCCCGAAAAGACUGCAGUGACGGCUGCAUCAGCAUGA